UCUACUUGGAGUUUGCACGCCGGAAAUGGCCAGUAAAGAAAGUCUUGGAAGAGUUAGACAUUUUAAUCUAAUUUCGCAGCAGCUCCGUCUAAGACACCUGAGAAGUAUCUCUGUACGGAACAUUGUACCAAAAUUUGCUCUAUCUGGGGAUUGUUUGCUUGAUUCUUUUGACUCGCAUAAAUCCGCACCUCUUACAAUAAUAAGGAAGUCUCCUUUAAAACGCGAGAAGAAGCGACCUUCCACUUCAGGAUCUGGCGGAUCCUCCGAAUCCUCUCCUUCUAAUCCUAAACUAGACGACGUGCUUCUAAAGACGAUGAAUGCCUCGACAUCCGAUGCGAAAUCUGCCGCACCAACGCCAGUGACUGCCGCGCAACUUAAUCAAAUGCAGAAUGUAGAAAAUCCGGGUAACAAGGGAGACAAUUCGAACUCGCUUAGUCAGCGUAGUUUAGGUGACUUGCCAGAAGAAACUAUUGCAGUGGAUCAAACAGACAGACCUGUUUCAGCGCCGCCUGUAGACACCGCCCAGUUGCACAUUCCUUCGCAAGGAACAAGCCACAAGUUUCUGGAACAACAACGAAUUAGAAAAGCUAUUAAACACGAGGACGAUGUUAGCGUGAAUGCUAAAGCCCCCAGAACACUAUCUUUUAAGUCGCGUAAGAACACCAGUUCAGAGAGACACAAGUUACUCAGACGAAAUAAAAGUGUUGAUGGAAGUCAUGUAGGGAAAGGAGCUCGACCGAAAGUUGCGGAAAGUACUGUUAAUGACUGGAUUAAAGUUGACGUAAAACGUGAUCGCCCUAGUCUUGAAAAAGCUUCAAGUUUAAACCAAGUAUUUGCUCAUUCUUUUAUAGCCAUCUACACGAGUGAGAAAAUCAAGUAUUCAUUAAAUCCAACAUGGGCAAGUUUUGAGCCAUCAGCAUGGACAGAACAGCAAUCCACAGCCAUGUCUUCUGUGGUGCUAAAGAUAUGGGGAGGACAAAAUGACAAGUUCAGACUCAUUAUUGAUUGGGAAGUUCAUUUCCCUUCCCUGCAGUAUCUUGGAGAUCAGGUGAGGUCCAGUAAGUACGGACACAACACUGUAAUCUUUGGUCUUAUUGAUGGGUACUAUGGUGCACCUGCUGUCCUGUCGUCAGACAAGGUUGGGAACAGUGGUGAAAUGCCAGUUUCACAAAGGACUGACAUCAUUAAGGUUGACUCGGAUCAGGUACAGCUACUACUGUGUAGUCAGAAGCCCAGAUUGGGAAAUACAUACAAUGCACAACAUACAUGUAUGUACAUUCAAAUGUACUUUGUCAAAGCCUAUGUUACACUUAAUUCUUCCUUGACUCCAGAUUUAGCUGUGGUGCUAAAGAUAUGGGGAGGACAAAAUGACAAGUUCAGACUCAUUAUUGAUUGGGAAGUUCAUUUCCCUUCCCUGCAGUAUCUUGGAGAUCAGGUGAGGUCCAGUAAGUAUGGACACAACACUGUAAUCUUUGGUCUUAUUGAUGGGUACUAUGGUGCACCUGCUGUCCUGUCGUCAGACAAGGUUGGGAACAGUGGUGAAAUGCCAGUUUCACAAAGGACUGACAUCAUUAAGGUUGACUCGGAUCAGGUUCAUACAUCAUGUAAACUCUCUUCUGUUCAAAGGCUACAAUCAAUACAGAAAGCCAUCCUACGUUCUCAGCUGUCAGUUAAAGAUGUGCGUCAGUCCAUCCAGAGCAAAGUUGAAUCUGAUAUGAAGUGCACAUCACAAUUAUCAGAAGAGGAGAUGCUGAAAUUGAAGCUCAAACUUCUAAGAGAGGAGUGCCUGUCAAAGCAGAAACUUUUGCUGAAAGAAAGAGAAGAAGAGCAGAGUGUCUUAAAAAAGCUCAGAGAACGAGAAAACAACCUUGGACGGAACAAAGAAAAGCUUGACUCUAACAGAGCAUCUUUGCGAGAACACAAACAAGCACAUUUAGUGAAAAGAGAAUCUUUCGUAAAGUUGACUGCUCACCUGAAUUUUAGACGAAGGCAGCUCAUCUCUGAACUAAUGAAUAUUUACCCUAUAGUUGAGCUACAAACUUCGAAAGAGUUUCUUAUUUGUGGUGUGCGGCUUCCUAAUUGUGAGUCAGACGAAUUUCAAGCUAUGGACGACGAGACCCUGUCGGUUGCCCUUGGUUACACGUGUCACCUGGUCAGCAUGAUAGCUCAGUUUCUGGAUCUACCUUUGAGAUAUCCCAUGAACUCCCGCGGCUCGAGAUCCACCAUUAUGGAUUUUGCGAUAGAAAAAGUUGCGGAGAAAGACAGACAAUUCCCGUUGUACAAUAAAGGUAAAGAAAGAAUCCAAUUUUAUUACGGCACUUUCCUUUUGAACAAGAAUAUAGCCCAGCUUCGGCAGACUAACAGCCUGGGGACACCUAACUUACGUAACACUCUACCAAACCUAAAAGACUUACUUGAAACGAAAUUCCGAACAAGCUACCUUUUGCCUCUGUUUCAGGUCGGGUCCUCGUGCAAUAAUGAGUUUGAUUUGCAUGAAAGAGAACCUGUAAAGGGAACACAUUUUCAUAUGAAUGAUGUUACAUCUACAACCAAUGGCGAAAGCUCUUCUGUGAAUAGAGACAGUAAUGAAAAAACCGCUCCCUCAGAAAAUCCUGGUGCGCCAGACAAACAACCGAUUGGUAAUGAGAGAAUUCGCUCAAAAAAUCUCUUCGAUGUCGAGGGAACAAUUGACUUCGAUUUCUGUGAAAAUGGCGACAUAGAUUUAAGAUGAAUUCAUGUACUAAAUGGUACAAAAAAGGUGUAUGAAGCAAAGUUAUUCGAAGAUUUUAUUUGAUAAAAUUAGCCUUAAAAUACGAUGUUGUAUUUUGAAAAUUAGUAAAUCGUGGACUAAACAAGUUAAUCUGUGCACUCCUCGAUUGUUGUUGUUGUUAUUUUUUUUUUUUCGAGAUAACAAUUGAAUUCUGCGUACGUUACAUUCUUACGAUUUUUGAAUUCUUAAAAUGUUCUUAUUUUGUAGGUAAAUUCUAACGCCUUCUAAGGAGGCGUUGAAUAAAUUCCAGUUAAAAAAAAAUGGAAGUUUAAAAAAAAUGAAAUGAUUCCCAGUGGUGUUUCUUUAUAAUUGUCAUGUCUUAGGUACAAGUAUUCUAGGAUUUCUUACUGAUAUUUUCCUUCUGGAGUAUGGAGUUUUAACACGUACCGUGUUAAGUUUAAAAAAUUAAAAUAUAUGAAAAGUAACACGACCAGAUCUAUCGAUCGGGUUUCCUUUUUAUUAUUAUUUGCCUCCCUUUCAUUUCCCCUUUUACACAGGGAGUAAAAGGACUUCGUUUUAAAGGUAAGCUACUUGCGUCAGGUUUCUUUAGAUUCUGUUUUGUUGCCUACGACUUCCUGACUGAUUAAAUACAUCCAUCAGAACAA